GUGCCGUGUCUGUGGCGAGCUGUGCCCGGCUAUAAUGAGAGCCCAAGCAGUUACAUUCACCUUAGCCUACGUGGGUGGUUCGCCUGUGGCUUCGUCUUCACCCCAAUGAAUUUCACUCGGCCCGGGAUCACUGUGCAGAACCUGCUGUCCGCUGGCUGGGCAGUUCGAGGACCAGUCCUUCAUCCAGUACCACAUCAAGAGGACCACACGGCCACUCUGCUGGUCCAUUCCCUGCUAGGCCAUUGGGGUAUUACAUAGGAAUGUGUUUUGCAGCUCCAGAGAAACAACUGUAUUACUUUUACUUGGCCAGUGAAGGCUGGAAGGUGUUUGCCUUGAUUGCGGUUGCCCUUCCCACCUUGACCAGCCUCCUGGCUCUGCAUUGGUCACAGAAGAAAUGGAGCAAUCACCCUCUGGCCAGGACCCUGGCCCAUCACACCCUUCCCCAGUCUAACUGGAGAUUCGUGGCCUUUUCCAUGAACACUGAAUUCCGGAGAAUUGAUAAGUUUGCUACAGGGGUUCCUGGAGCCCGAGUGAUUGUGACAGACACCUGGGUGAUGAAGGUGACCACUUACAGGGUGUACAUAGCCCAGCAACAAGAUAUUCACCUCACUGUGACUGAGUCUAGACAGCAUGAACUCUCCCCGGACUCCAACACCCCCAUCCAGUUCAUCACAAUAUGCGUGGCAAGCGUCAACCCCAAUGUUCGGCCCUUUGAUAUCAGGUUAAACUCUACAGAAUAUGGCGAGCUGAAGGAGAAGCUCCACGCCCCCAUCCGAAAUGCAGCCAAUGUUGUGAUCCAUCAGACACUGAGCGACUUGUUCCUGGAAACUUUCAGAUCUCUCGUAGAAGCCAAUAGUUUCUAUGAGCUGCCCAGCAAUCAGGAGCUGGAGCCCUGUAUUGGCUGCAUGCAGACCAGUGCCAACAUCAAGCUCGUCAAGAAUUGCCAUGAGCCCGAUGAGGGAGAGUGCCAACAGUGUUACUGCCGACCCAUGUGGUGCCUUACUUGCAUGGGAAAGUGGUUUGCUAGUCGUCAGGACCAGCAACAUCCAGAGACCUGGCUGUCCAGCCUAGUGCCUUGUCCUACUUGCCGAGCCAGAUUCUGUAUUGUGGAUGUGUGCAUCGUACGGUGA